CACAGAGGAGCUUCGGACAUUCACGAGUGUGGUAUUUAAUGAAGUUCUUUACGUCGAAGAACAGCAAUUCCUUUAGAAAAUAUCGUUAGAAUAACCGUUUACUUCGAGGCGAGGGAUCCGGAAGUGGCAAAAUGUUAAGUUACAUCCGGUUCUUUUUUUUUCUUUCCUGUAUUUAUUCCAAAACAUUCUACAAUACAUCCAUAUAAUAAAUGGCAAAUAAUUUAUUUUUGCAAAUUACAAAAAGGGUAGGAAUAUUCAAUAUCACGUUUAAAUCUUUGCGGUAUGUUACAUACGUAUUUCCGGACUAGUUACGGACUGUGACGUCACUUGGUACUCUCGCGUUUAUUCCCAUGGCAACAGACAACAAACAUUUCCAAACGUCGACUUGUUGUAAAAUAUGAGUAAGCUAGCAAAAUAUAAACUCGUAUUGUUAGUUUUUGACAAUUGACAACAAACAACCUGUGCAUUUAGCUUCUUUGAGGAUCAGUUAACUUCAUUACUCAUUUUACAUUGCCACCAAUAACCGAGCAUCAUGAGACUGGGAUCCAGCUCCAUCAACUCCAGGAACAGCACCGAUACCCGGCGGUACCGCACUCGGGCCCCCACCUCUCAGGUGGAUGAGACCCUGUUUGGGAGCCCAAAACUGAUGUCAUCACAAGUAGACAUGAGGCGUGGAAACUCCUCCAAGUCUCUAAAGAGUCCUCAGAAGAAGAAUCAGGAACGAGCAAUGGUUCAAAUCGUCACCAAAGACCUCAUCCGCAAUAUCAGGAUCCCCUUCAAAGACCCUUCAGGAGAAUCCGUCAUUCUACCAUCAGCUGAGUUUGAGCGGAUCACUUCGAAGUCCCGGGUGCUCACCAAGGAGGAGCGGACGGCCCUGAAGGAGGCUUACCAGAAGAAAAAGGAGGAGGAAGAUAGAGCUGCGGAGGACAGGAAGCGUCAGAUCUUCGAGGCAGACCAUUCCCGGCAGGAGAACCAGGCGCUGACGGAGCUGGAGCUGGAGGCCCGCAACCGAGCGCAGCACCUGGUGGAGCGAGCCAACUACCUGAGGAUGGAGCAGGAGGACGAGAUCAGACAACUCAACCAGCUGAUCCUGGGUGCUCAGUGUCAGGCCACACGUGAUGCGCAGAUGGAGGAGAAGAAGCAGAUCCAGACGGAACUGACAGAGGAGGAGCAGCGCCUGGACGCCAUGAUGGAGGUGGAACGCCGCCAGGCCCUGGAGACCGUGGAUAAGAUUGACAAGCUGCGCAAACAGCAGAGGAUCGACGGGAUGCUGAAGAUCUCCGAGCAGAUCCAGAGACAGCAGGAGGAGAAGCAGCUGCAAGAGGAGGCGAAGGAGCUGGAGAAGCAGCAGGCCCGAGAUCAGCAGGAGAAAAGGAACCUGGAAGACCUCAAGGCUCUGGAGAAGAAGAGGGAGAAGCAGCAGCACCUGCAGGAGGAGAUCAUGCGCAUCAACACAGAGACCGUGAAGGCCAAGGAGAGGAGGAAGGAGGCGGAGACACAGGCCGACAUGAGAGACAUGGAAUACUUAAAAAGAAAAAUGGAGCGGGAUGCAGAGAGAGAAGAACAGCAGAGACGCCUGAAUAAGGAGAAGGAGCUGGAGAUUGCCCGGCUGAGGGCCCGGCAGCAAAAAGCAAAAGACUACAAAGCAGAGCAGGAUGCGCUGCGUGCUCGGAGGAACCAGGAGUUUCUAGACAGAGAUUGGAGGAGGAAGCAGAAGGUGCUGGCUGUGAAGAACGCGCUGGAGGCGGAGAAGCUGAUGGCGGCGCGCAACGAGCAGGUUCGCUGCAAAGAGCACUUCCUGUCCAUCGAGGCUGGCCGCGAGAAGGCAGAGUUUGAGAGGGUGCUGAGCGCGCAACAGCAAGCCAUCGUCAAAAUCAAGGAGGAAGAGGAGAGGCGGCGUCAGAGAUCAAACCGUCACGCCGAGGCCAUCAGGAACCAGGUGAAGGAACAGGAGCUGUCGGCGGUUGCCAAGCGCAGCGAGACCUUCAAGGAGAGCGACCGACUGAUGGAGGAAGCCCGGCAGAGACGCCUCCGCCUCGACGAGAUCAAGGAGAAGAAGCUGCAGGAGCUCAAGGCGACAGGGCUGCCUGACAAGUACUGCAGUGAGGUGGAGAGGAAGGCACACUUUGAAUCGACUGGCUUCAAAUAAAGAAGUCAUGUUACAGGCUCUCUUUAGCCAGCAUGAACACUUACUUACGUAACUUGAACAAUAAAAACAAUAAAAUGU